AUGGCUACUUCUGUAUCGAAAUCUGUUACAGUUAUCUUUUCUAUUCUUCUUCUUUCUUUCUUUCUCACAGUCGAAUCCCAGAAGUUUUCAAGAAACCUAUCACAACGAUCUUUAGGUUUGAGAAAAGAGAAACUGAGCCACUUUCGUUUCUACUUCCAUGACAUAGUUAGCGGCCCCAACGCCACCGCCAUCAGGAUCGUCGAAGCCACCAGAACCAACCGCACUGCCUCCACUGGUUUUGGUGACAUCAGCAUGAUCGACAACCCUUUGACCAUCGGCCCUGAAAGGAACUCGAGUUGGCCGGAAUCCGGUGAUGUCAACGGUGAGAGAGAUGCCGGUGAUAGGAGGAAGUGGGCUUUUCCGCUUAGUAUCCUCUCGUUCUCACCCUCUUCCUCUCCAUCGAUCCAACAAUCAUCAUCAGUGGAUAAAAAGAGGCAACGACGAUUACCCACUCCUCCUCCAACCCAACAUCUCAUGUUUCUCCGUCGACUGUUUGGUUGUGGAAUAAGGACAAGAGUGGCGGUGGUGAUGAUGAUGUUUCACUACAAGAACAAUGACUAUUAG